GUCAAACCCAAAACCCCAAACGAAAACAUCAUAACUUAAUGAAUUCCAGCAUUUCUUAGGUGACGAAAGAAGUUUCUGGAACGUGCAGAUUGAGAGCCAGAAAAUUUUUGAAGGGGAACCAAAAAAAAAAAAAGAAAAGAAAAAGGCUACAGGAAUGGGGUGGAUAUGGAAGGACGACGAAUCGGACGGCCUGACAUCGUCGGCUGGCGAUAUUAGAGAAUACCACCAAAGCCCUAAACCUAGUUCUGCCGGUUGUUCAACCAGAAAGGUCGUCCAGUCUCGGUGCAGGACAGAGGAGGUUGAGCCUGGAAAGUUCAUUAGGAAAUGUGAAAAGACUGAAGAGAUCCUUAGGGAUUGUAUCGGAAGGCCUGUUGAAGUAGUGGAAUCGAACAAAGAAUAUACUGAAGAUGAUGUAACAGACCAGGUGGUCAAAGGGUCUUUUUCCAUGGGAUCAGAGCAGGGAAUACUUGAUUUCCCUGGGCUACGCAGUGACAUUGAUGCAAUUGAACAAAACUUCUUUCAUGGCCUCGGACGUUUCUUUGAAGCUGCUGAUGAGAUAAAGAACGACUUCUUCAAUGCUUUUGGGAUGCCACACGUUUUUGAUGGAGAGUCUACAUCGAGGAAGCGAGGGGUGCCCUUUGAAAACCAACCUCAGCGAGAAGCAUUUCCUAAACCAAAUGACCCCGACUCAGGGCACAUUGAUCUUUCUGAACUGUCAAGAGAUGUUUGAGACAAACCCACUGCCGAGCAUCGCUCCUCUCUUGUGGUUCACUGAGAGAUUUCUGUGUACUCUGGCCAUACUUAGCCUAUUUUCUGUUUACUUUUUAUAGAGAAAAUUAGCAUGUCCAGCCUUUUCAGUCCAGCUUGAAACAGGUGUUGUAUGGAUGCUUUACUACAAGAGCAUUUUAUAAACUACAUGUCUGUUCUAACGCUGCA